ACACAUCUUCCACCUCCAUCCAGCUUCACUUUUCUCUCUGCUGAGCUCAAGAACCCAGAAACCUUCAGAGGAUGAAGUGUGUGAACAACCGGGCUGAGAGCCACCUGACGGGGCAGGUGGAGUCUGAGGUGGACGGCACGGUGAACGGCGGUGGCGGCUGGGUCAAUCAUGGCUACCGUGGUUCCCCUCCACCUAUCCCCCGCGUGGUCAGCACCAUCUACAGCCCACAGACCCACUUUCAGGGCUCCACGGACGGCGUCUACAAACUGGACCCCCCAGGUCCAGAGGAGCCCUCCUCCUCUUCCUCAGGCCAAGUGAUUAUGAAGAAGAGAAGAGGCUGCUGCUCUUUCAUUAAAGGUUUGUGGGGUACAGCGUGGACCGAAAACACAGCGAACAACCGGGAAAAGUUUGUCCAAACCACGUUGCGGGAGUUAUUGGUCUACGUAUUGUUCCUGGUAGAUGUUUGUCUCUUGACGUACGGCAUGACGAGCUCGAGCACCUAUUAUUUCACCAAUGCCAUGACGAACCUGUUUGUGAAUACAGCCAAUGCGAAUGGAGUUACGUUUCAGUCUAUUGGCACCAUGGAGGACUUCUGGACUUAUGCCCAAGGUACCUUACUAGAUGGCCUUUACUGGACGAGAUGGUACAACAACCAGUCCCUAAACAACGGGGACCAAUCCUUCAUCUACUAUGAGAAUAUGCUGCUGGGUGUUCCCAGGAUGAGGCAGAUCAAGAUCAAGAACAACUCCUGCCAGGUCUACAAAGACUUCAAGAAUGAGAUCAGUGGAUGUUACGAUGUCUACAAUGAGAAGAAAGAGGACGACCUCAGUUUCGGUCUCAUCAAUGGGACUGCCUGGACCUACCACACAGAGAAAGAGCUCAAAGGUUCCUCCUACUGGGGACUGCUGACCACCUACAGCGGAGCGGGAUACUAUCAAGACCUAAAUCGAACAAGAGAGGACAGCGCGAACGCUCUUGCCGAAUUGAUGGACAACCUUUGGCUGGAUCGAGGAACCCGAGUCGUCUUUAUUGACUUCUCCAUGUACAACGCAAACAUCAACAUGUUCUGCGUUAUCAGGUUGGUGGUUGAAUUUCCGGCAACUGGGGGAGCGAUCUCUUCCUACCAGAUCAGAACGGUGAAACUGAUUCGCUACAUUGCCGCCUGGGAUUACUUUGUCCUCGGCUGCGAACUGGUCUUCUGUGUUUUCAUCUUCUACUAUGUUGUGGAGGAGAUUUUAGAGCUGAGGAUACACAAGUUUUCCUAUUUUAAAAGCAUUUGGAAUAUACUGGAUAUUUUAGUAAUAUUGCUAGCAAUUGUUGCUAUCAUCUUUAAUAUUUUCCGAACGGUCAAAGUGGACAACUUGCUUGGAAAACUUUUAGAACAGCCUGAUAUCUAUGCUGACUUUGAGUUUCUGGCAUUUUGGCAAACCCAGUAUAACAACAUGAAUGCAGUGAACUUGUUCUUUGCCUGGAUCAAGAUUUUUAAGUACAUCAGCUUUAAYAAAACUAUGACGCAGCUGUCAUCCACGCUGGGACGAUGCGCCAAAGACAUCUUGGGAUUCGCCAUCAUGUUCUUCAUCGUUUUCUUUGCCUACGCUCAGCUUGGAUAUUUACUCUUUGGGAUGCAGGUGGAAACUUUCAGCACCUUCGUAAAAUGCAUUUUUACCCAGUUCCGUAUCAUCCUCGGAGACUUUGAUUUUGACGCCAUCGACAACGCGAACCGAAUCCUCGGGCCCAUCUACUUCGUCACUUACGUGUUCUUUGUUUUCUUUGUUCUGCUGAACAUGUUUCUGGCGAUUAUAAAUGACACGUAUUCGGAGGUCAAGGAGGAACUGUCGUCCCAAAAAGACGAGCUGCAGAUUACCGACAUCAUCAAGCAGAGCUACAUGAAGACGUUUGCAAGGCUGAAGCUUAAAAAAGAAAAAAUAUCAGACGUUCAGAAGGCUCUUCAGUCCGGAUCCGGAGAAAUCGAGUUCAAGGACUUCAGAGAAACUCUYAUAGAGAUGGGACACGCCGAUCAUGAAAUCUCUGCCGCCUUCUCACAGUUCGACCGCGAUGGCAACCAGGUCCUGGACGCCGAUGAACAAGAGAGGAUGAAGCUCGAGUUGGAGGAAAAAAGGGAUGCUCUUAAUGCUGAGCUGAACAAUCUUGGUAAAAAUUACGAGGAAAAUUUACUGGAUAAAUCCGCCGUCGCAACAAACGACACCUCGAGCCGAACCUUCGUGGAUCGAGAGCAGUUUCUGCAACUGACCAGGCAGGUUCUCCAAAUGGAGAAGUCUGUAGCGGGAAUCACAUCCAAGAUCAAGCUGAUUAUGGAAAAACUAGAAGAAAACUCUAAGAGGAUGACUAAUGAUAGCGGUAAAUCAUCAUCCUCCUCCGACGGUCGAGUUCUGGAUCACGUUGACAGAACAAAGGCUGGACGGUCUUCCAGAGGACUGGUGGACCAGAACUAGUCUACAUUUGAUUCCAACAUGUGAUCCACCUCUGGGAAACACUUGUUUAUUGACUUGGAAAAACUUCAAGGAUCAUAAGGUUUCACCUAGAUGAAACUAAAGUUAUCAUGGAAACAUGUAAAUGCUGUAAUAUUUACAAAAUAAUCUGCUUAUUAGGAGUCCAGCUGCUCUAAAGCUACUCUAGAUUAAAAUGUUGUGAAAUCCUGAUUAAACUGCUGUGAAGGCCCUGUUAUACUAGACAACUUAUGCCAAUUUAUGACAUAUUUUUAUGUCUAAAUUGCC